CCCGAAAAACAAGGGGAAAACACUUGUGAGGGUUUCUCUCUGUCGCUUGUUCCAGUAGAGCCAGUGCUCCUGUGGGUGAAAUCCUCCUCUCGAAUCCUCUGGGGAAAGGGCCGUACAAGCGAUUCUGAGAAGUGCCCACCGUCUCUACUUGAGAGUCGUUUGUGGUUGUUCUCUCUGAUUCGUCUCCAAUCCUUUCUGUGGUUCUCCUAGAUGGGUUGGUUCCCUUGCUCGGGAGGAUCGAAGAAGAAGCCCGUCAAGAAACCUGGAGAUAAGAAGUCGUCUUCAGACAAAUUCAAGACGAACCCAUCGGUGGACACAAAGGUGGUUCACAAGGAUGGAUCCACGCACAUUGCUGCUCAGACAUUCACAUUUCGUGAAUUGGCAGCUGCAACUAAAAACUUUCGAGCUGAUUGUCUCUUGGGCGAGGGAGGUUUUGGUCGAGUAUACAAGGGUCGAUUGGAGAGUACCAACCAGGUUGUAGCAAUCAAGCAGCUUGACCGCAAUGGGUUGCAAGGAAACAGGGAAUUCCUUGUUGAGGUUUUGAUGCUAAGUCUACUUCAUCACAGUAACCUUGUUAAUCUGAUCGGGUAUUGUGCUGAUGGGGAUCAGAGAUUGUUGGUUUAUGAAUAUAUGCCACUAGGAUCAUUGGAAGAUCAUCUACAUGAUCUUACUUCUGAUAAAAAACGACUGGACUGGAAUACCAGAAUGAAAAUUGCAGCUGGCGCAGCGAAAGGAUUGGAAUAUUUGCAUGACAAAGCUAAUCCUCCUGUAAUAUACCGUGACUUGAAAUGCUCAAACAUUCUGUUGGGAGAGGGAUAUCACCCCAAAUUGUCUGAUUUUGGUUUAGCAAAGCUCGGGCCAGUGGGGGAUAAGACUCAUGUUUCCACAAGAGUGAUGGGCACAUACGGAUAUUGUGCACCCGAGUAUGCAAUGACUGGGCAGCUUACUCUAAAGUCUGACGUUUACAGCUUUGGUGUCGUCCUUUUAGAACUUAUUACAGGAAGGAAAGCAAUUGAUAAUUCUCGAGCUCCAGGGGAGCAUAAUCUUGUCGCAUGGGCUCGUCCGUUGUUCAAAGAUAGGAGGAAAUUCCCACAGAUGGCCGACCCUAUGCUUCAGGGUCAAUAUCCAAUGAGGGGCUUGUAUCAAGCCCUUGCUGUUGCUGCAAUGUGUGUCCAAGAACAGCCAACCAUGCGCCCCUUGAUAGCAGAUGUAGUGACAGCUCUCACCUACCUUGCAUCCCAAACAUAUGACCCUGAUUCUCAGCCUGUUCAAAGCUCACGCUUUGCUCCUGGAACUCCACCUCGAUCAAGAAGGGAGAGUGAUAGGAAACAAAACGGGUACUCUGACCGAGACAGGAGCAUUGGAAGCAGAAACCACAAUGAGACUGAAGUGCACUAUUCUCAAUGAUAAGCACAACUACGAUCAGCCAUCUCUCUCUCUCUCUCUUUCUUGCUUUUUUUCUUUCUUGCUUUCUCUCUCUCUCUCUCUCUCAUCGCAUAGAUGUCAGAGGUACCGUUUCUUCUCUGUGCAUUAUUGGUUCCUAGUCAUCAAAAUUUUCCUCAAUCUACAGGUCCGCCACAUGCUUGUUCCUUGUAUGUUCAGGAAAUUUAUUAUUUUCUCAGUGUA